CACCUGGGACCGGAAACGAGAUCCCAGUCCCGGUCGUAAAAUCCUGGUCCCGGUUCGGCUGAAGUUUCGCCCGGGAUCUUCGGUUAGAGCUGCUCAGCUUCCUGGGAGAGACGAGAGGAACUAAUCCGCAGGAGCAAAUAAAAGUAAAGCAGAGUCAAAGCAGAGCAGCCAUUGUGUGAGUGGACCAGUGUAGGAGUGGGAACUUGAGGCUUCGGUGAGGAGGCGCAAGUAAGUAGCAGGUGCCAGCAAGAAGAAAUAGUAGUCCGGGGCCUUUGCUUUUGUUAUCAAAAUGGAGACUACAGAUUCCAAACAUCAGAAGACAGGAAGUAUCAAACAGUCAAGGUCGCCCUUCGACCUGAUCGUGAACCAGAUAUGGAGAAAAAAAUCUUUGACAGAGAGAUGGCCACAGUCGUCAGUAUCCCGCUUUUUCAAAAAGUCUGAUAAUUCUACUAAAACUGACUGCUCUACAGGAAGGGAUGGACUGGAAGAAGUAUCACUAGAUUCUGAAGCCAAUGAAAACAAGUCAACAAUUUCAGAUGUUGAGGAUCCUGCAACAAGGUGGCAACAAGUUGUUGAAUUCAUGGACAAGCUGGGCAAGAAGCCACACCACAAAUGCUUGAAUCUCAAUAACAGUGGGCUCACCGUGAAUGAGAUUGUCCAGUUGGCUGCUGUACUGCCAAACUUUCCAUCCUUGGAGGAGCUGGACUUGUCAUGGAAUGAAUCGAUUGGUGGAGCUCUGAAUGUGCUGACCAGUCAUUUUCAACAUAUACCCCAGCUAAGGGUGCUUGAGCUGUCCAGUUGUGCCCUCUCUGCGUUGGACAUCUCCUCACUGGGUGAAUCCAUCCAGCUCUUGGUUAACAUUGAAAAGAUCGAUUUAUCCUGGAAUUGUGACCUGGGAGGGAACCUCUUGCUCUUUACUCAGAAACUUCAGCCAAGCUUUACACUGAAGAUUCUAAAGCUAGUGGAUUGUAAUCUAACAGCUGAAGAUGGAAUUGCCUUGGGGAAAACUUUAUCCGUAAUCACAAAUUUGGAAAUCCUGGACCUUUCCAUGAAUAAACAUGUUGGAUGUGGUUUAGCAGGUUUAUUUCAAGAACUUAAGUGUGUUCCACAUCUCCAAGUGUUAAAAUUAUGCAACUGUGGCUUAACACAAGAGAAUAUACAAGACUUGGGUAUUGCACUGAACCAUGUUCCUGCUAUGAAAAAACUGGUAUUAUCGCGUAACAGCAUUGCUGGUGGCUUCAAGGAGUCAGCAACGCAUUUACUGAACGUCACAGAACUCCAAGUGUUUGAUAUUCAUGAUUGUUCGUUGACUGAAGAUGAUAUUUCUGCCUUGACACAGAUAAUUCCCUUACUGAAGAAUCUUCAAGUGCUGAAUUUAGCAAUGAAUAAGAAUAUAGGAGAUGCUGUGAGGAAUUUGAUUGCACGGAUUCGCUUUUUACCAAAGUUCAAAGGUCUUGGUGUCAACAACUGUAAUUUAUUCAAAGAAUCUAUUGUGGAAUUGGCCGACACCCUUCCAAACUUGACGGAACUCGAGACGUUGGACUUGUCUUGGAAUAAGUGCCUUAGUGGAAAUGUGGGACUGCUUGUCCAGAUGUUGCAAAGUGAGACUCGCCUCCGUGUGGUGAAAUUGUGCAGCUGCAAUCUGACAGGCCAGGAUUUAGCAUCUCUCGUGUCCCUCUCGUGUGCUGGAUUUUUAUCAAGCCUCGAAACGCUGCAUUUAACAUAUAACGACACAGUUGAUGACCAAUCUUGGGUGAUGUUCUUCAAAGAAAUUGAUGGCCUGAAGGCACUCUCUGAACUGGAUAUUGGCCUAAUGCCUUUAAGUCAUCGAGAAUGCAGCCCCUGGUUGGCUGUACUACUGAGCUGUCUGCCUCGGCUCCCCUCACUCCUGGAAUUGGGUAUGCACCACUGGGUUAUCUCUGCUUCUCAGUGCGAACUUCUGGACACAUUCAACCACCAACAUCAGCGGAAUAUCCACUUCACCUAUUAGAUUGUCAGCUUUUAUUGAAAUAAAUAUUCAAAAAUCCAAAUCACAGGUAAUAUAAAAGUUAAAGCAAUUCAGCUUCAGACAUGAUUCCGUACCAUUCACUGCUGAUAUUGCCUACGACUGAAAUGCAUCAGUGCACUGUGGUAAUGAAGCUGCUGCUGAAUGAUAUGUCACGGUCACACUUCAGUUAAGGAAUAACUGCAGGGUGCAAAUGCUGGGGUAAAUGAGGUUCGGAGUACUUGAUAUGGCCGCUCUGGAACAGUUUCUAAAGCUGGACUAUGCAGGGUUUCUCAUUGUAAAGAUAGCUGAUUAUUACUUCCAUUAAAAGGUAUCUCAAU